AUGCUUUUGGAUCAAAAAAAGCACAAAAAUUAUUUUAUUGGCCUUGCAUUAUCAACAAUCAGUGUUUGUCCAACACCAGCUGUUGUUAGGGAACUUGGACAUCUUGUUUGCGAUAUUGCUUUAUCAACAACUAUCAUAGAUUGUAUCAAAGCAAAAGCAUUAUGCGUUUUAGCAACUUUUUACAAUGAAACGAAGCUAUUUUGCUGUGUCGAGCAAGUAGUUGCUAGUUUACCUCAAUUACUUAUCUCAAAAUCAGCAACAAUGAUAGGUAGUGCUGCAAAACUUACUUUAUCAUUACUCAGCAAUAACCAAUUACAGGAAAACCAUGACGUCUUUGUUUCAGCAAUUAGAGUCCUCGCAACGUUCGUUUUAGGCGACGAAAAAUCAAAACAAAAGAAAACCGAAGUACAGCGUCCUCUCAUCGCAGCUGACUUGUUUAGAAUACUUUCAUACAAUAAAACAUGGAAUGACAACGAAAUACAGUAUUUAAACGCAAUUUUAGGAAAAUUAUUAACUUUAAGGAAAGCGAAACGCAAAGAACGUGAAGAAUACUCAUUUAUGGCUGUAUUUACAGAAGCUAUGAAGACUUUAGCUAAAGCUCCUUUAGAUCCAAAAGGAAGAUCAAAAUUAAUUUCGGUUUUACUGGCAGAUACAAAAGAAGGCAGUUCUCUUAGCAACAGAUUCUCAUUUGAAGCCAUUCUCAACCUAGUUGGGCAGACAGAUUCAUUCAACAAAGAGAUUUACGACAAAAAAGGUGCAAUUUUGCAGCCAAUCUAUGCCAAAGACAGGCAAACAGAUCAUUUAGCACUUAAGAUCUUUAGCAUUAUCUCUUCUGUGAAUAAUGCAGCUUCUGAAUCCAUUUUGGUCGGAAUUAUUCAGUAUGCAGGCUCAUGGCUUCUCACAGAUGCACAAUUAGCAUGUGCAAAUGUUGUUAUGCGUGACCAGAAUGCCGAAAGAGUCUUCACAAAGUGCGUGGAUAUGCUUCUUAAAGGUACCCCUGAAUUUGGCAAAAAAGUUUGGAUAAAAGUGGCAGAUUUUAUUGAAAAACGUGACACUAUUCAAAAAUCUGCCACAGAGUAUUGUUUGCGUAUAAUACAGAACACGCAACAAGCCUCUGUCCUUACACCAUCAUUUCUCCAGCUAUCUGCUUUUCUUGCAGGCAAUUACGGCCAUUUAUGUGACUGUGGCCCGAAUUCUGUCAUCGAAACAAUUCUUUAUCAGUUUGAUCUCUACGAUUAUACGAGCCAAGCCAUGAUGAUCACCGCCAUGGUCAAGAUCAGCACGAGAGUUCCUGAACUGAGAGCCCCAGCUAUUGACUAUCUCCUGGAUCACUUGAAUUCGCAGUCAACAGAAGUUGUUCAGAGAUGUCGUGAAGGAGCAGAACUUUUGUCAUCGAACGAUAUCGUUCUGAAAAAAUCUCUGACAACACCGAAAUACAUGGGAAUUUUGUACGAAUUCACGCCGAACCAGACACCGCAGACACACACUCCAACGAGAAGAGCUUCAAUGCAUUCUCCUUACUCAAGUUAUUCCCAGGAAGUCGCAGGACAUCACGUAAGAAAGGCAAGCGAAGGACAAUGGAAUUCAAAUUUGAUUUCUCCAAUCAAAAAAGUGCCAACCGAUUACAAAUUCGAUUUACACGAAAACUCACCUAAAUCUAAUCUUGAAAGUAAGCCGGAGAGCCAAGUAGUUCUUGAGCCAAUGAGUAUGGAUAGCGAUAUCAGUCCAUUCCAAUCGAAUUUCGUUACAAUGACGAAUUCUCCAAUUGUUCCAAGUUUGGAACACUCCGAAAUCACGAAAAUUUUGGAAACAUUUUACAAAGACAAAAGAGGAAUUCUGUUCCAGGAUGAUAAUAUUGCUAUAUACGCACUCAUUGAAGAGAAACUUCCUGUGUUAACAAUAACUUACAAUAUCCAAAACAACUCUUCAAUUCCGAUGUCAAUUGACAAAUUCGAAAUUCCGGAAGAAAUGCCUGGAUUACAAUUUGUUUUCGGAGAGAGACCAAGCAUCAUUGCAGCAAACAGUUUUGUAUUGAUAAGAGACCAUUGUAGAGCUGUCAAUGCCUUCCAGAAAUAUCCUUUGUUAUCUGCAAGUUUCAAUGGCUGGGAUUAUUAUUUACCAUGUCCAGUAAUCAACAAAAUGUUUUCAAGUGAAAUUGAAAAUGUUUCACAGGAAAGUUUCGUCGAAAAGUGGAAAUAUCUUUCUGAUAAAUCGAUGAAACAGAGUGUCUCCAAUACUCCUGUCGAAGAUAAACAGAUCGAUCAGGUAAUGAUGAAUGCUUUAGGAUGGAAUAAAUGUAUAUGGAGUCCUCAAACAAGAAAUGCUUAUAUCGGUUCUUAUAAAAUUGCUGCUGCAAAUGCUGGUAUUUUAAUUGUUUUCUCUAUCACUGCGAAUAAUGAAACAUGUGUGGAAGUUAGAGCUACAGAAGCUUCAAUGCUUCAACCUAUUAUUAAUGUAAUCAAGAAUGCUGUUCUUGAUUUAGUUUAA